AAACUACUUUUUAACCAAACAAAAAUUAAUAGUUUAUAAUGUAAUUAAAUUUUGAUUGAUUUAUGACUGAAAACACUUGCCUAUUAGCAGGAAAUUGAGGUAUGAAAUUUUAAAGGAAUUACGGAUUUCUGCCAAAAACAAAACUAAAAAGUCACGAAUGACUAUUUCUAGUCAACUAGUGAUACCUCUAACACUAUGGGGUAAUCAGGCUCCCACACACUGCAUUUCUUCCAUUUAUUUUACAAGAAAUCAAAAAACAAUAGUAACUGGAUGUAAUGAUGGACAGAUUUGCCUCUGGGAUGUUAUAGACAAUUUAAAAAUUAUACCUCGUUGCUUGCUUUUUGGGCAUACUGCACCUGUUCUCUGUUUAACAUAUGGAAGUAAUUCUGCAGAUAGUACUCUAUUAGUAAGCUCUUCAGAAGCAGGGGAAAUGUCAUUAUGGGAUUUAACGGAUGGUCGAUGCAUAGAAACUACGAAGAUGUCAUAUGUACAUACUAACAUUCAAGCAUACCAUUUAACAGGAGCUAAGGAUGUUCAUUUGUUUUGUAAUGGCUACUAUGCAGAAAUUUUAGUUAUGGAUGUUCUUACUCUUGAAGUGAUAUUUAAAUUAGCUUCUCGUAUUAGCCCAGAUUGGAUAAAUGCCAUACACGUUCUUCGGCCUGUAAAGAGACAAGAUGACGUUGUUGUAGCAUUAUCUGCAUCUGGAAUGGUAAAAGUGUGGACUUUAAGUGGAAAUGAAUCAAAGAAUAAUGAACCAAUUUAUGAAAAUGAAUCAAAACGAAUUAAAUGUUUAAAUGCUUUGAAAUUAACUUGUUGUGCUUAUAAUCAAAGAACUAUUCUUAUUGUAUGUGCCAAAUACUGGCAGAUAUUUGAUGCUGGUGACUUUUCUUUACUGUGUUCAUUGGAAAAUCGUAUUGGAGAAAGGUGGACAGGUGGCGAUUUUUUCUCUGCAGAUAGAGUAUUAAUAUGGAGUGAUGGUGGGAAAGGAUAUUUAUACAAACUACCGACAAACAUCGCUUUAAUUUCGCCACAGUCUUCGAUGGACGGAGAUAUUUUAGCUGGAAACGAACAAUAUUUAUCGCAGUAUCCAAACAAACUGAAAGGAAAAGCAAUUAGUUCCAUUGUCGGAAACAAAGAAUUCCAUUCGCCCGCAAAGGUCGAUGAUCAACCGUUUUUAUACUGCAUACUCUCUGUUCAAAACGAUGAGCGUCUUCUUUGUCCGCCCGCCAUGAAUUACUUUCUCACGACCAGAGGUACAUUCCAGAGAUUAUUAUUAAGAGGCGACUCUAGUGGGAGAGUUGUAAUUUGGAGCAUUCCCGAAGUCACAAAUCGAGACUUGAGUCUUGUUCAGCAGGAAUCGUUUGAUAAAGUACCAGAAAUUCAUCCUCAUACUUCCAGGAGUUUGGAAGAAGCUUGGAAUUCUUUGAAGUUGUCCCCUCCUGGAAUAUUAGAUCAAAUGAUUGGAUCGGAAGGACAGAAUCUCAAACUGACAUCCAGCGUUUACUUACCUCUUCAAGGGCGUCUUGUUUGUGGAAGAGAAGAUGGAAGCAUCAUCAUUGUAUCUGCCACUCAAACUGUGAUGCUACAACUUCUCUAUGGCAAACAUCAUACUUACGAAGACUGGCCACCUCAUCAACUACUACACGGUCACACUGGUCGCGUCACGUGCCUCCUGUAUCCUCACCAUUUACACAAUCGAUACGACAUCGCACAUCUGUUAUCUGGAGGAGUAGACUUUUCGGUAUGCUUGUGGGACAUUUAUGCUGGAACUUUAAUUCACAGAUUUUGCGUCCAUGCGGGAGAGAUCACACAAUUACUGAUUCCUCCAAAUAACUGUAAUCCUCGCGUUCUCCAAAGCGUCUGUUCCAUUGCAAGUGAUCAUUCUGUCUGUCUGUUGGGACUGAGAGAGAAAAAAUGUUUUAUGUUGGCCAGUCGACAUCUUUUUCCAGUGCAGGUGAUCAAAUGGAGGCCUCUUGACGAUUUCAUGGUCGUUGGUUGCGCAGACGGUUCGGUGUACGUUUGGCAGAUGGAAACUGGACAUUUAGAUAGAGUAGUACAAGGUUUAUUGGCUGAAGAAAUACUCAGUGCCUGCGACGAGAACGUGGUGAGUGCCGGCGACCGAAUGACGAAUCCCGCCAUACACUUUUUUCGCGGUCUUCGGCAUCGUAAUCUAGAUGCCAUCAGACACGCUGCCCAGAGAGGUUUCCAUCAGCUGCAGCAUCCUCAUCAUUCCCAACAACCCGGAGUCGACGGUACAGAAGUGGCACAGAGAACGCGUGCCAAUCCUUUAAUGAUACAAGGACUGCGAACCAAUCCCAAUGAUCAAGAUAGUCACAUAUUAUUCUUCGAUAUUGAAGCACUUAUAGUUCAGCUGUUAACGGAAGAAUAUUCGACUAUGUCGCCUGCCACCUUAGAAGGACAGGGCUUGAUCAAUCAGACGGAAUAUCAGAAAUACCAAAACUUGGCAAGUUCACCAGAUGCCCAGAAAAAAUUAACAGGUUUUAUUGCAAAGAUGAAAGAUACAGCCGAAACUGCCGCACAUAAGAUACAAGCAAAAGCCGAAAGCGUGGGCUUUAAGGCUGUGUCGGGAGAAGUCACAAUUUCUGGAAAGGGAUCAAUGGUUAAUAACAAAAAUGGAAAUAUUUCAAAUGGUCCUAAUAGAAAGCCCAGUCAUCUCAACAUGGCAGAAGCAAAUUUGACCAUGGAGAUCGCUCAGCUUCUUUUGUCCAUUUUACACGCCUGGGGCGUGGAUGCCGAUCUGGACAGAGUUUCCGAAAGCAAACUGGGGCUGUUGAGGCCCAUGAGGGCCGUCUGUUUCGGACUUCUCUCUCGCAGCGGUCACAUGGCCCUCCUCCUUCCAACAUACGUGUACAAGUUAGACAUACUCGAAACCAAAGCAACAACGGUCGAACAAACGUCCGAGAAGAAAAAAGUGUCCAUACUCACCUCGGAGAUUCCUCCCGAACUGAUCGAAGAAGAAGAACGAGCGUGCAAAUUUUCGUCGCGAGGACACUGGGAAUUGUCCACCGCCGUCACCACUAACCACCUGUUGGCCAUCAUAGCGUUGGGUAAUACUUUGAUGUCCAUGAACAGUGCCACUUUUGUUCCAGAACAAGAGAGGCGACGCAAAUUGCUUCGUAGGUUGAGCCGUGCCGAAAGCAAGGCUGGAAUCACGGGUACGGAAGUGCCCAACCAAGAAGCAAUCGAAUCCGGAUUGUCUAGUCAGCAAGCUCAAAUCAAAAAAGGAUGGAGUUUACUGACUGCGCUUCAUUGCGUUCUCUUACCGGAGUUGGUUCGCACCCCUAACUUCAAAAAUCCUCAGGUAGAAAUACUGGCCAGGCGUUGGCAAGACAGAUGCUUAGAGGUGCGCGAGGCGGCGCAGGCCCUCCUCCUGGCAGAACUGAGAAGAAUAGGCCCGAAAGGUCGCAAGACGGUGGUGGACGAAUGGGCGCCCUACCUCCCGAAUUACGGAGAACCGUAUCCCGCUCGCACGUGCCACGGACAGACCGCUCCUACCACCACGUUGACCACGGUCUCCGCCGCCACCGAGACGUCGCCCAAUAAUCACGCGGGAUCGAAUUCGACCGAGGAAAAUCAGCAGAAUCGAAAAUCGGAAGAGCACUUGUCGGAAGAAGAGGAGGAGGAAGUGGAAGUGGACGAUCAGAUAUUAGAAGAGAGCUGCAGGAAGCCUUCGAGUGCUGCGGAAGGCAGAAGGAAGCAGGCCACCGCCAUCGUGUUACUGGGGGUGAUCGGAGCGGAAUACGGAUACGAAAUCGAACAGAGCAAAAGAAAGAGCGCGGAAGAACAGAAGAAAAAGAGCAUAGUCGACGGUUUUGGUCUUUCCAACUAUUCUCUCGCCAGGCACACCAGCACGGCUCUGUCUUUUCUUCUUCUGGCAAGACCCAGCCCCUAUCUGCCCGCCCACACUUCGCUGAGAAGGGCCGCCAUAGAUCUGAUCGGAAGAGGAUUCACGGUGUGGGAGCGCCACCUGGACGUGUCGAAAAUACUGCUAAGUCUAUUGGAACUCUGCUGUAAUUCCGAUAGAUUGGUGCCCAGCAUGUCUUACGGUCUGCCUCUGACGCCGGCGGCGGAUUCCUGUCGCACGGCCCGCCACGCCCUGUCGCUGAUCGCCACCGCCAGACCUCCGGCGUUCAUCUCCAUUUUGGCCAGAGAAGUGACCUGUUACAACAAACUGGCCCAAAACCCUCAGGCGCUGAACGUUCCCCUGCACAAGACCGUACUCAGUCGGGCCCGGCCCGAAAUUCUCAGGGUGAUCGAAUUACUCAUCGACAAGAUGCAGACGGACGUCUCGGACUUGCUGGUCGAGACCAUGGACAUCGUUCUCCACUGUUUAGACCACACCCAGCUGAAGACGAAAGGUUUGAGCGAAACGUUCCCCGCCAUAUGCAGGUUUAACAACGUCAGUUACUGCGCUUCCACUCGUCGGAUCGCCGUGGGAGCCAAGAACGGACACCUGGCCAUCUACGACCUGAGGACGUCCAGGUCUCAGGACAUUUCGGCGCACAACGCGGCCAUCACCGCCUGCACCUUUUCGCCGGACGGAAAGUACCUGGCUUCGUAUUCCGCUGGAGAGAACAAGCUGUGUUUCUGGCAGACCGCCACGGGGCUGUUCGGCCUGGGAACGGCCCAGACCCGCUGCGUCCGAACUCACACCACCGCUCCCCUGGGCGAGGCGGCCAAGACCAACCCCCUGAAGAUCGCCAGACUGGUGUGGGUGGCCAACAAGAUGGUCAAACUGAGGCUGCUGGCCGACGGCACGGAGUACAAGUACGGAGUGUCGUAACGGAGUGUAAUUUAAGAUGUAUCGAUUCGGAAAUCAAAAUGUAAUUUAUCUUUUCGUUGUCGUGAAUGACGUUCGAAUUUUAGAAUGAAUGUAAAAUGUACGCCAAUAAAAUUUUAAUGGUUUAGACUGCAA